UGGUGACAGGCUCGCAGUCCCGUGCCGGGUGUCUGAUGGUGGUCGACAAGCAAGUAUCCUAUUUGAGAUUAGAAUACUUUUUGACCUUCAUCAUAUCAGAAACGUAUAUACUUUGUCGCUGAUCCAUCGAAAACUGGACAGAGCUGUACAGUAUUUGUGAUGCAGCGGAGAUCAUCACAGAGAUGACGCUUGUAUAACCGUCAGUACAGUAACGUUUGGCUAGCUAACUCACACCUUUAGUUAACGUCAGCCCACUGGUUUAAAUAACACAUUUUGAUAACAUCAUAUUUGAUUCCACGGUGUGACAGUAACCUUAAAAUAAUGCGAAAGGCGUUUCUGAGACAUGUCCGUCGGUUUCCGUGGGUCACCAACGUUACACUGUACGGCUGUCUGUUCGCCGGGGGGGACUUUGUCCACCAGUGGUUCUCGCGGAGGGAGAAAAUGGACUGGUCCCACACAAGGAACGUCGCCGUGGUCGCGUUCAGUUUCCAUGGCAACUUCAAUUUCUUUUGGAUGCGGUUCUUAGAGCGGAGGUUUCCGGGCAAUUCUGCCAGGAUGGUGAUGAGGAAACUGUUUCUGGAUCAGACCACAGCGGCGCCCCUGGCUACCAGUGUCUUCUACACAGGUGUCAGCUUCUUGGAGGGCAAAGAGGACAUCCUGGAAGACUGGAGAGAAAAAUUCUUGAAUACAUAUAAGACAGGGCUAAUGUUCUGGCCGUUCAUGCAGUUUCUGAACUUUGCCUUGGUGCCUCUAUACGUGCGGACCACUUUCACCGGGUGCUGUGCCUUCGUCUGGGCCACCUUCCUGUGCUUCUCACGUCAAAGUGGCGACGGCACAGCUGCUGCUGCUCUGGCAUGGUUGUUCCCUCCCAAAGAGGAUGAAGCAGAAUCCACAAAGGGCAAAGUAGACACUGAAGACAAGAUAGUGGCUCCCAAAGAUGGAACGGUAGCAUCUAAAACUACUCAGAACUGAAAGAUGCAGUCAAAGACAAAACAUUAACAGGGAAACACUGGUCCGAACAGGAUACAACUGCUGUCCUGUCUUUGGUUAAUGUUGCACUGGCAUUGGCAGGGAUUGAGAUUAAAGUCUCACUGGGAUCGAACUAAAAACGUAACAUGACGCUGCAAGGUGGUUUGGGAACCAGCGUCAGGCAAAUGGAAUGUAUGUAUUUACAGUUUAUUUUUCAAUAAUCACACAUCAGCUCUAUGGGAAAAUACUGCUCAAUACCCUUCCAUCGUCAUGCUAUAUUUCUCAUCAGGUUUUAAUUGUUGUUUUUAUAAAUGCAAACAAUAGAGUAUCAACUGGAAAAUACUAAAUAAUACUGAAAAGAUUUAUGAGGAUGUGUAUGUUUGGGAAAGAAGCUGUAACGAUGGAUAAAUGUGAGGUUGAUGUUCCAGAUUCCUCUGCUUUUUACGUAAAUGAAAAAAUGCAUCGAGUGUGGGAAAGAAUUUUUUCCACUAUGUGGAGUGGCAGCUAACAUAUUAGCUUAGACCUUUAGCUUCAUAAAAUUUGGCUAAAGUUAUAAAAACUAAAAUAUCACUCUCUCUUUAUCAGCACAAGUGCUUAGACUGUUAUCUGCAACUGUAACAGAGUGCCUCAUCGACAAAUCUGCUUUAGCUCCAUUUUCCACUCUGGUACAAGAUGUGCCAAAUACAGAUGCACACUGCACAGGUACCAAUAAGCAGUUGUAUUCUAACGUGCAUCUGUUUAUUUUUUAUGUAUAGGUAUUUUAUACAUAAUGACCAUAAUGCACUAAGCAAACAGAAGGGACAUAAUGGAAAAAAAAUCAUUAAAAACACUUAGACAUAUCUUAAAAUAAAUGUUAGAUUUCCAUAUUUUGAACCAUUCUCCUUUUACAUCUAGUUAUUGUUGUAAUGAGAUACUACUGACAAUUACUUUGACGUUGUCUAAUACAGACUGAUGAAAUUUAUCUCAGACAUCCAUUUACUUGUGGAAAUGCUGCCUGCCUGAUGUCGUACUUUAUGUUAAUGUGAUAAUGUGGAGUGCUCUCUAUGGUCUCUCUUUGCAACAUUGCCAAAUUGUCCGAUGCAGUUUGUUAUCCUAACAUUUUAAUUUUCAAUUUUACCUCCUUGUGAAAAUGUCACUUUAUAGGUUUGACUUGCCAGCAGCGACUCUUGAAAUGUAACAUCAGAUGCCUCCAGUUUUCUAUAGAGGUCGUUUUUCUAAAUAGAGUGCAGCUCAGUAUCCGUAUACAUAGAGUUUAAAAGGUUUGGGGCAGACUUUUCUCGUCUGUCUCAGCCAGAUAAUUAACAAGAACAUUCAAAUGGAUGUAUCUAUUUUUGUUUUUCUGAUGUGGUCUGAAACGUAGUUGUAGUUUUGCAUUUUGAAGUAGCAUAAGCUUGAGACACUGUGUGAUUAUAUUAUUUGAUGUGUCUCACAGAGCUGAAUUAAUACCGUAUUAAUAAUACUACAGUGUCUGCAUUGGGGUAGAGAAAAAACAAUGAUGUCACUGCUGCUGUUUGAUCCCUUUUACCAGAUGUUUAAAUUGCAUUCUUAAGUAUAGUAACUUAAUAUUAGUAUAGUAUUAGAGUGUUUGUUUCUUAUUAAUUAAUUCUUGAUUGUUUAUGUGCUACACUGGAACUGAAAGGUCAAAUCAAUGAAUAUUCCCUCUGUUCAUAUCAACAGCUGAAGACUGGGUGAUACAACUACAUGUAACUCAGCAGAGGAUUAGUACCCUUCUGUUGUACAAUUUUAAAUUUCUGUCUUAAUUAUUUUGUAACAGAUUUUGAUAUCACAAAGAACAACUACUGGAUUAGCAUUGUCGGCUAUAAUGUAUUGAACAAAUGAUUUGGUCACAUUUUGCACUAUACUUACACUGUGUAAAUGCUAAAAUGAGAUAGAUACUAUUUAUUGUUGAAUAAAUUGAAAACACCA